AUGUUGUGGAUUAUCCAAUUGUUACUUUUGUGUAAUGUCAUAGCUGCAAAAGCUACUACUGGAAUUUUUACCGGUGUCAGUAGUAUUGUGGCUCAAAACAGUAAUAAUUAUCCUAUCACUCCAAGUUGGUUAGCUACUGUCAAUUGGGCUAUCCAAAAUAAUAAUUUGGCUGCUGGUGAUACUUUUUUAUUAAACCUUCCAUGUGUUUUCAAGUUCACUUCAUCAAGUUCAACUGUAAAUUUAGCUGUAGGUUCCACUACUUAUGCUACUUGUAAUUUGGUUAGUGGGGAAAUCGUGGUAUCAUAUUCUCAAUUACAAUGUACUGCUACUACCAAUGUUAAAUCCAAUACUGAUGCUUCAGGUACUGUUUCAGUGCCUUUUGCCUUUAAUCCUGGUAAUAGUGCUAAUUCUAUUGAUUUAUCUUGUGCAAGUCAGUAUAAAUCUGGUACUAACACGAUUACUUUUGAUGAUGGUGCGAAUUCGUUUUCCACCACUGUCAAUUUCUCCCCAGCUACUGCCAGAUCUAGUACCGGAACUGAUGAAAUUUACUUUAAUCGUCGUUCUGUUCCAUCCUUCAAUGAAAAUCAAGAUUUCCUUCUUGGUGAAAGUUGUAGUAAUGGGAUUUCUUCAGGUACCCUUGGAAUGACGCUUUUAUCGGAAACCUUUGAUUGUAGCUCCUUCCAAGUCGGUAUAACCAAUGACGUCAAUGAUUGGUUUUCCCCUAAGUCGUUGAGUUCCUUCACUUAUAGUGGAAGUUGUACUUCCAAAGGUUUCGUUAUCAGUUUUUCCAAUGUUCCUACCGGUUAUAGAGUUUAUAUGAGUGGACUUUCUAAGUAUGAUAGUUCCAGUGGUUACACCGCAGCUCAAGUUACUUAUACUAAUACAGCUGUUUGUAAGAAUGGUCAAUAUAGAUCUUCAACUCAAGCAUUGACUUGGACUUCAUACCUGAAUUCCGAUACUGGUUCUAAUGGUCAAGCCGUAGUUGUUGUGACUAAGACUUGGACUGGUUCUACUACUAGAGUUACUACUUCACCUUUUGAUAGUGCUACACAAAAGACUAAAACUAUUGAAGUUGAUGUUCCAAUUCCAACUGUUACAACUACUACCACUUGGACUAAUUCUGGUUCAUCUGUAACUACUGUUACUGCCACUCCAGGUGCUACUGCUUCAGUUAUUGUUGAAUUACCAAUUCCAACUACUACUGUUACUACUACUUGGACUAAUCCUGGUUCUGCUAUUACCACCAAGACUGCUACUCCUGGUGCUACAGCCUCAGUUAUUGUGGAAUUACCUAUCCCAACUACUACUGUAACUGCUACUUGGACAGGUUCAACUAUAUCUCAGACAACUAAAACUGCUAGUCCGGGUGAAACUGGUACUGUUUCUGUGUUUGUUCCAAUUCCAACUACUACUGUGACUUCUACUUGGACUAGUCCUGGUUCUUCAAUUAGCACUAAGACUGCUCCAAUUGGUGGAACUGCUACUGUGAUUGUUGACUUACCAAUUCCAACGACCACUAUUACUUCCACUUGGACUAAUUCUGGUUCUUCCAUCUUCACUCAAACUGCCACUCCUGGUGGAACUGCUACUGUCAUCGUUGACUUACCAAUUCCAACUGUCACUACCACCUCCACUUGGGUCCAAUCUUAUGCCUCAAGUUCUACUAAAACUGCUACCCCAGGUGGUACUGCUACUUUAGUAGUAGAUGUUCCAAUUCCAACCACUACUAUCACUACUACUUGGACUGAAACUUUUAGUUCUGCUACUACCAAAACUGCUACUCCAGGUGAAACUGCUACUGUUAUAAUCGAGUUACCGACUCCUUAUACCACUACCACUGCUACCUGGACUGGUGUAGAUGUUACUACCAUCACCGAACCAGUUUCCCAUUUCAGUGACACCAGAACCGUAGUAGUUAACGUUCCAGUUCCUACUACUACUGUUACUUCUAUUUACACUGGUUCAGUUGAUUCUACUACCACUGUCAUUGCUCCACCUGGUGAAACUGCUACUGUCAUUAUUGAGAUUCCAACUCCUUAUACCACUACCACUGGUACUUGGACUGGAACUGGACCUAGUACCACCACUAAACCAGUCUCCCAUUUCAGUGACACCAGAACCGUAGUUAUUGAUGUUCCAGUACCAACUACUACUAUUACUUCUUACUAUAGUGGAUCAGUUGAUACUACCAGUACCAUCACUAUGCCACCUGGUGAAACCGCCACUGUCAUCAUUGAAGUCCCAACUCCUUACACUACCACCACUGCUACUUGGACUGGUGUAGAUGUCACUACCAUCACCGAACCAGUUUCCCAUUUCAGUGACACCAGAACCGUAGUAGUUAACGUUCCAGUUCCUACUACUACUGUCACUUCAAUCUACACUGGCUCAAUAGAUAGUACCACUACCGUGAUUGCUCCACCAGGUGAAACUGCCACUGUCAUUAUUGAGAUUCCAACUCCAUAUACCACAACUACUGGUACUUGGACUGGGGCUAAUGCCACUACUUUCACUAAUCCAGUUUCACACUUUAGUGAUACCAGAACUGUCGUUAUCGAUGUUCCAGUUCCAACUACUACUGUUACCUCAUACUUCAGUGGUUCAGUAGAAAGCACAACUACCGUUACUAUGCCACCAGGUGAAACUGCCACUGUUAUUAUCGAAGUUCCAACACCUUACACCACUACCACUGCUACCUGGACUGGUUCCAAUGUGACUACCAUCACCGAACCAGUUUCACACUUUAGUGACACCAGAACCGUUGUUGUCAACGUUCCAGUUCCAACCACCACCGUAACUUCUUACUUCAGUGGUUCAGUUGAAAGCACUACUACUGUGAUUGCUCCACCCGGUGAAACUGCUACCGUCAUCAUUGAAGUCCCGACUCCUUACACCACCACUACUGGUACUUGGACUGGUGCUAAUGCCACCACCUACACUAACCCUGUAUCUGGUGCCAGUGAUACCAGAACUGUCGUUAUUGAUGUUCCGGUUCCAACUACUACUGUUACAUCAUACUACAGUGGAUCAGUUGAUACAACCAGUACUGUUACUAUGCCACCUGGUGAAACCGCUACAGUUAUCAUUGAAGUUCCAACUCCAUACACCACUACCACUGCUACCUGGACCGGAGACAAUGUUACUACCAUCACCGAACCAGUUUCCCAUUUCAGUGACACCAGAACCGUAGUAGUUAACGUUCUAGUUCCUACUACUACUGUCACUUCAAUCUAUACCGGAUCUGUUGAUUCUACUACCACUGUCAUCGCUCCACCUGGUGAAACCGCUACUGUUAUUAUUGAGAUUCCAACUCCAUACACUACCACUACCGGCACUUGGACUGGGGCUAAUGCCACUACUUUCACUAAUCCAGUUUCACACUUUAGUGAUACCAGAACUGUUGUCAUCGACGUCCCAGUACCAACUACUACUGUUACCUCAUACUACAGUGGCUCAGUUGAUACAACCAGUACUGUUACUAUGCCACCAGGUGAAACUGCUACCGUUAUUAUCGAAGUUCCAACUCCCUACACUACUACCACUGCUACCUGGACUGGGGAAAACGUGACUACCAUUACCAAUCCUCCAUCUGCUUACAGUGAUACUAGAACCGUUGUCGUCAAUGUUCCUGUGCCAACCACUACUGUUACUUCAAUCUAUACCGGAUCUGUUGAUUCUACUACCACUGUCAUCGCUCCACCUGGUGAAACCGCUACUGUUAUUAUUGAGAUUCCAACUCCGUACACUACUACUACUGGUACUUGGACUGGUGCUAACGUUACCACUUUCACUAAUCCAGUCUCACACUUUAGUGAUACCAGAACCGUCGUUAUUGAUGUUCCAGUUCCAACUACUACUGUUACCUCAUACUUCAGUGGUUCAGUUGAAAGCACUACUACUGUGAUUGCUCCACCCGGUGAAACUGCAACUGUUAUCAUCGAAGUUCCAACUCCAUAUACUACCACUACUGGUACUUGGACUGGUGCUAAUGCUACCACCUACACUAACCCUGUAUCUGGUGCCAGUGAUACCAGAACUGUUGUUAUUGACGUCCCAGUACCAACUACUACUGUUACCUCAUACUUCAGUGGCUCAGUUGAAAGUACUACAACUGUUACAAUGCCACCAGGUGAAACUGCAACUGUUAUUAUCGAAGUUCCAACACCUUAUACUACCACCACUGCUACCUGGACUGGUUCCAAUGUGACUACUAUCACUGAACCAGUCUCACACUUUAGUGACACCAGAACCGUUGUUGUCAAUGUUCCAGUUCCAACCACCACUGUUACCUCAUACUUCAGUGGUUCAGUUGAAAGCACUACUACUGUGAUUGCUCCACCAGGUGAAACUGCAACUGUUAUUAUCGAAGUCCCAACUCCUUACACUACCACUACUGGUACUUGGACUGGUGCUAAUGCCACUACUUACACCAACCCAGUUUCAGACUUUAGUGAUACCAGAACCGUAGUUAUUGAUGUUCCAGUACCUACCACCACCGUAACUUCUUACUUCAGUGGUUCAGUUGAAAGCACUACUACUGUGAUUGCUCCACCCGGUGAAACUGCCACCGUCAUCAUUGAAGUCCCGACUCCUUACACCACCACUACUGGUACUUGGACUGGUGCUAAUGCUACCACCUACACUAACCCUGUAUCUGGUGCCAGUGAUACCAGAAC